CACGAAGCAUGGAGGCACCUACAGCUAAGGAAGUCUAUAUGGCGAAAUAUGGCGAUUCCGUUGCUCUGAUAAAAACUUGGAUUGAGAGUCAACCGCAUUUGCCGAAAAUUGAAGAUGAAUUUAUUUUACUGUUUUUACAUUGCAAUUACUACGAACUGGCGCGAACUAAAACUACGAUCGAAAAUUAUUUCACUUUCCGCACAAGCUGUACGGCAUUAUUUACCGGACAAGAUCUGGAGUCAACGGAAAUGAGAGUGGCGAUGGAUACGAUCGAUUUCGUACCACUACCCAGGCCAACGCCGGAAGGUUUCAAGCUAGCUUUGGUGAAAUUGGCCAAUACGGACACUCGACAAUUUUCCCACGCGCAAAUAACUAAAUUCAUGAUCAUGUGCUCAGAAGUUUGGCUACAGGACGAUGGAAUGGCAGAGGGUCACGUGAUUAUUUACGACAUGACUGGAGCGACACUGGGACAUUUGGCUCGGGUCAGCGUGUUUGUAGCGAAAAACUACCUCUACUUUCUCCAGGAAGCGUCCCCGAUCCGUCUCAAAGGAUUCCAGUUCCUGAAUACCGUUUCCUUUAUGGAUAAGAUUUUAUUCAUAAUCAAACCAUUCAUGAAGAAGGAACUUUUCGAUGCUCUGAAACUUCACACGAAUGUGGAAUCACUUCUCGAGAUUGUUCCCAGUAAAUGUCUCCCGGAUGAAUACGGCGGAAGCGCUGGAAAGUACCAGCAUUUAAAAGAAAACUUCUACAAAAAGGUUGUGAACAAUCGUGAUACGUUUUUGCUGAAUGAAAAAAAUCAUAGGGUUGAUGAAAGUAGACGGGUUAGAGAAUCUGGUCGUUUCGGAUUUCUGGUUAAAGCUUUCGGAUAUGGAAACAUCGACUCGGCUUGUUUGUUUCUCAGGGCUGGUAUACUUACGCACAGCAACCAAAUAGUCGCGAUGAAAGUGCUGGAUUACGCCAACGUGGACAAUCUUUACGCUCGGUGUCCCGAUCUGAGGAAAAAGGAUGUCCGCGAUCUGGACGCGUGGGUCAAGGAACAACCACACCUACCAGAAGUGACAGAGCUGGAAUUGAUCUUAUUUAUACACUCGAACUAUUUUGACAUGGAUGCUGCCAAGAGGACAAUCGAAGCUUACUACACCUUUCGAUCGAGUUACAAGGAUUUUUUCGGCAAUCGAGACAUUCUGGAGCCAUCGAUGCGUCAAGCUAUGGAUGUGGUUUCAAUAAACAUUCUACCAGGACUAACACCGUUGGGAUAUCGAGUGCUUCUAGCUAAAAUUAUAGACUCGGAUACCAAAAAAUUCAACUUAGCAAACUUACUGAAAAUGGCUUUCAUGUGUUUGGAUAAAAUUUUAUUAGAAGACGGUUGUGACGAGGGAGCUAUUUUAAUGAUUGACAUGAAUGGUCUACACAUCGGACAUCUGUCCAAGCUGGGAGUGUUCACAUUGAAAAAUUUCAUCUGGUAUAUUCAAGAAGCCCUCCCGAUUCGUCUCAAAUCUAUACAUCUGAUAAAUGUAGUUCCUUUCAUCGAUAAGAUUUUAAUGAUGAUCAAACCUUUUAUCAAGAAAGAACUGUUGGAGAUGUUUCAAAUUCACCAAAAGGUUGAGACUGUUUUCCCAAAUGUACCUCAAGCGAUGUUCCCGAUCGAAUACGAUGGAAACGCUCCUUCGAGGUCAAUAAUGGCAGAUAAUCUGUAUCAAAGUACGAUGGAUUACAGAGAGUUCUUUCUGCACAUGGAGGAAGCAAAAAAAGUUGACGAGAGUAAGAGAAUUAAAGUCAAAUCUAUAUCCAAUAUGUUUGGACUCUUCUAAACUGCAAAAGGUCAUAUCGUUAAAGUUAUGAAGACAUUAAAUGAUGUUACCGGAAAUGCUAAAAGUUUUUUAAUUUUUAUUCACUCAAAUUGAAAUCCGUUAGGAUGCAGAAACUUAAAAGAUUUGGUGUG